AUGCAACCAUUCAGAGUAUUCGCUCGGUGGAGGAGUCUCAGCGCAGAUGAGUCCGGGCACGGGGAGAUCCAGCGCGAAACAACACCAAAUGGCUCGACACUCUCAUCCAUAUCUAUUGCCAUGCCAUCACAGUCCAAGUCGCUUUCGAAUCGGGAUCAAUCAUGGAAGAGCCAGCCAUCCAUGACAGCAAUCUUUGAAGUCAAAGACAACAACCAAACCGUCUUUAAUGAAGUGGUAGCCCCAAUUCUCCCACGGGUCCUGCAGGGCAAAUCAAGCAAUUUCUUUGCCUACGGCCAUUCAGGAAGCGGCAAAACUCACACGAUCAUCGGAUAUGACUACGAGAAUACCGCAGAGCUCGGCCUUUGUCUAGCUUCUGCCCGCCACUUAAUGCAAGAGCUUUCUCGCCUAAACACAGACGAUACCAGCGACCAAGUAGGCAUCGGAAUCCGCAUGUACGAGCUCAGAAAGAACAGCGCCUUCGAUCUCCUGAACGAUCGCUGUGAAUGCUUUGUCCGCGAGGGGUCAGAUGGACAAGUCUACAUCCGUGGAAAAACGGAGAUGCUCGAGGACGGUAAAGUCCGAGUGCGACCGAUUGCAACCAAGGCAUGCUGGAGCUUUGAGGAUCUCUCGCGCGAGCUGCAAGUUGGACUUAAGCUUCGCGCGACGGGGACGUCGACGGUGCAUGACCAAAGUUCGCGGACUCAUGCGGUGAUCGAGUUGGAGAUUGUUACUAAGGAGAUACUUAAGGCGCGGGAUGCAGUUGUUGAGCGACAGUCUGAGCUCGUGCCUGUGGGUAAAUAUGCGACGGAUGUUUAUUUGGAAGAGCAGAUUCGGGCUGUUAUACAGGAUAAGCAAGGGAAAUAUAUCCCCAAUCCUGAUUAUCAAGUCGAUCAAGCACGCAUCGAUGCUGCAGAGGGUCGAAAAGCCGAAUUUGAAGCGCGGGUCAAGUCUGCUGAGGAGUAUGAGUCGAGUCUCUUCCAGAGUAUAUCGGGACGUCAUACCUGUCUUGGAGGAAAGCUUGUAUUCGUGGAUCUCGCUGGUUCAGAGUACUAUGAUGCAAAGAACGGACUAAGGCCAAAUCAGACGGCACAGGAGAAGCAAGAGGGGAGGCAGAUUAAUACUGAUCUUCUGGCUCUGAAGGAGGUAAUCCGUGCUCGGGCUCAGAAUCUGGCUCGAGUCCCCUUUCGAUCAUCGCCGCUCACGAUGGUCUUGCGUCAGCAUUUCCAGGCUUCGUCUGAUACGGACUCUGCGAUGAUUUUGACAAUUUCACCUUCGGCUGGGCAGUUUGCUGCUACGAUGAAUACAUUGAAGUAUGGCAAUCUGGUGGGGGUUGCAGGAGAUAAGAAAUAG